CACGAGAAGCUGUUCGAAUUCGCAAUGCACGGACUUUACAUUUUACAGCUGCAACAUCGACAUAUCGAGCCCUCUAGCUGUUCAACCGUUCGUGCCUUUAUAAUGUGCAGGAAUAUUCUAAAUACGAAAUGAACUAUUUAAAUGUAUGUUAAGACUUCUGCGAGUGAAUUUCGUCUGGCCAGUUUCGCCGUCUGUGGCUUUCUCAUCAGAUUGUUCAAUUGCCAUCGGUUGAUAUUUUCGCCAGCAUACAUACACGCACUGCAAAAUAAUUCCCAUCAUCACCUUUGCACACAUCUGGUUAAGCCAUCAUAUUAAUAUUUCCUCGUCACUGUAGAAUGAUCACCAGGAUUUUCGAGUGAUUGUCGAGAAAGUCCGCCUGUGAAGAUGUCGAGCUCGCCAGAACCGCCACCGAUGACCAACCCUUUCGAUGCGUCUCCAGAAAAGGAUCACGAGCCGAGAGACAACAGCAAUGGCACGGUGCGGGGAGACUCGCAAGAGGACGUUGACGUCACAAAGGCCGGUGACGUCAAGCAAAGCGAUCUUCACGAAGACGAAGGUCUGGUUUCGGCCUCCCUGAGGUCACCCAUGCAGACCCGCGUACGUCGCAUCUCGGCCGAGCUCAGGCUGUCGGCCAGCUCCAAUCUGGACAACCUGAAGAAGGCGGGCAAGGGCCUGUCCACCGGCCUGCACACCAUGGCCAACAAGUUACCCCUGCCAGGCAUGCCCAAGUCGCUCCGGAGGCGGAGCUGGCACUAUGAGGAGGUGGAACAGAACAGCCUCCUAGAACCGGACUCGCUGACAGCAGAGGAUGCGGAGGGAGGCAGUAAGCUAGGCAAGCCCAAGAGCAAGUCCUCCGAGAAUCUCACUAAGAAGGCCAACAAGGAAGACAACGAUGAGGAGACGACUCGUGGAGUCAGCGAGAAGUCCUUCUUGCUGAGAAAGUGGGAGGCCAGAAAGAACAAAGACCAGGAGAGCAAACCUGACGAAAAGAAAGACAGUCCUCUCGGAGAUGAGAAAGAGAGCAGUAACCAAGGCAAUGAGGCGCUGUCUGUGGAAUCUAUUCCGAUCGUCUUUGAACCGUUGAUGCUUGGACAGCGCCCUCAGACGCCAGUAGUCACCAUAUGCUUCGAUGAGGACCCCCCAAAACAGAACCCAAACAACCCCUUUUUGGACUGAGGGAUGGUGUUCCAGUAGGAGAGACUGCAUGAAUUUGCCUUAUACGAGAAGGUCUUGUUGUUGUCCAUAGCCGAUCAAUGGGGACAGAUAGGUCAUGCCUGAUCUUAUUGAACCAUGGACAAGCCAGUUUGGACUAGCCCCUUGUAUAAUUUCCAGGACAGGUGCACCACUGCCAAGUUAGUUGGACCAUGGCCAAGCCAGUUGGACCAUGGUCAAGCCAGUCGAACCAGGUUUAAGCCAGUUGGACCAUGACCAAGCAAGUUGGACUAUGUACCAGGGCUAAGCCGGAGGAUCAUGGCAAAGCCAAGUGAGCCAUGGCAAAUUCAUUUGGACCAUGGCCAAAACAACUGUACAAGUGCCAGUGUAGUUGGAUCACGGCCAAGCCAGUACAACCACUGUCAAACCAAUCUAACCAUGGUUGAGCUGGUUGGGCCAUACAUGACAAUGUCAUUUCUCAGUUCGUCAAGCUGGUCAUGUUGUGGUUAAUCGGCCUUACCACUUGGACAAUAUUAUGACCAGGCCAGUUGGGAUGACCAAGCCAGUUGGGCCCAGUAUAAAUACGCCACUGUA